AUGUUGUCUUUUGGACACGACCAUUUACAAUUUACCAUUUACAGCGACAAUUACAAUUCCCAAUGCUCCAAACCUCCAACCUCCAACCUCCAACGCGCCAAGUGUCUGUCUGUCUGCCAGGGCGUGUUCCUGGUGUCGCGUCCGCGCAGCGAAGCACCCGACGCCCGUGCCCGCCCGCUCAUGAGCGCGAUCAACGCCACCCCCGUGCAGCGGCGAACCGGCCCGCCCUCCGGCGUCAGCGUCAGCGUCAGUGUCAGUGUCAUUGGCACUGUCGUUGCCAUUGCCACUCACUGUCAUUUCAUCGUCAUUGUCAUCGUCAUCAUGCUCUUUGGGUAA